GGAAUGUCAUUGUCACCACAAUCUGUCAACAAUAAUCUUAUCCCGUUACACAUUUUUCCGAAUAGAAUUAGAAAAUGUUUAGUACAUAAGAUUUUGGUGCAAUAGCCAUAACACAUUAGUAAUAAUGGCCCUCACAUAUAGGACUUUAUUUAAAAAUUAUUAUUACCUGCAAAAUAUAACCAAACCGGUGAAAUGGAGUGUUGGGGAAAAAUAUCCAAUAAGGACUCUGGCUAAUGGUAUUUGUUAUCAAAAUCCUUAUGCUCAAAGACCGUUGAUGGACCCAAAAGAUAUAAGUUUACACUCGCAAAGCUUAAGAUUAUAUUCAACUCAAAGCAGCCUUCCACCGGAUGGCGAAGCACCCAAAAAGCAGGGUAUCAUACAAAAAUUUAAGCUGAUGUACAGGGAUUAUUGGUAUGUGUUGAUACCUGUGCAUGUGGCAACGUCUAUUGUUUGGUUCGGAAGUUUUUACUACAUUGUCAGAAGUGGUGUCGAUGUUUUAGCUGUGUUACAAACAUUGGGUGUCAGUGAAACAAUAAUUGGACCAUUAAGAGAUUCAGCUGCGGGAUACUUUGCAGUAGCGUUAGCACUCUACAAGCUGGCUACACCUCUGCGGUAUGCAGUCACAAUAGGGGGAACUACGCUUACAAUUAGAAAACUAAAAGCAAUAGGUGUCAUUAAGCCAGUCCCUUCUCGAGAAAGAAUAAAAGAAAUUUUCCAAGAACAAAGAGAUAAUCUUCAAGGAAGGUUUAAUGAGAGCAAAACUCACUAUCAAACUCAGAUGAAAGAAAAACGCGCCCAGGUCAUGCAAGAAAUGAAACGAUACAAAUCAGAUAUACGCAAUAUGAAAAACAAGGCAAAGAAAAUGUGACAGUCUCUAAUAAUAUUCCUACGAUAAUGAACAUCCUUUAUAAUGAAAAUAAUGCUUACUAACAAGUAAACCAUACUACUUCAGUAUGAAAUAAAAAAAUAAUUAGUUGUCAUGAAAUAGGUCCUAGGAUGAAAUUUAUUUAAAUUAUAUACAGUUUAAAAUUUUGUAAUAUUUAUUUCAUAUUUAAAUAUAAAAAGAACUACAUAACACAUAGUCAUGUUUAUUAAAUGUAAAAUAGCUAGUUACAUAAUAAUCACAUCAUUUUUCAUCAAAAUUUACAUAUAAAAACAGCCUAUCCUAUAUAGUUAUAUUAAGUACAAAACAAGACAGCACAUUACUGGAAUGUUCAAUUAAGCCUUCCAUCAUAAAAUAUUUCUAAAAUUGUGACCAAAUUAUACUUGUCAAUAUUGGGGAUUUUGUAUAAUAUAUAGUAUACACACCAACCAGGAGUGCUGUCCUGUCCAGUGUGUAAAAUUAAUAAAUGCAUUUCACAUCAAUGGCAAAUUAACUAGCAGCCAUAAUACUUGGGGGUUUUAAAUCUAUUCCUUGUACCAUAACCAUGUAUGAUAACAUAGAUAAAAAAAAUCCUUUUAAACUUAAUUACCUAAUUAGAACCAAUUCCUUCGUAAAAGUAUCAUGUCUUACAAAAUCAAUUCCUUUGACAGGUAUCUCAUAAUUAUUGAAACAGUAUCAUUUUACAAAUAAAGAUAUUGAAUAUCACAAAUAGAAUAGGCAAACCUGUUCUUGGCUAAUAAAAAUCACAUUCAUUAAUUUCCUAAUUAUUAUUUGUUGCUAUAACAUAGUUUGCUCUUAAAAUGUAUCCAUACAUUUUGCUUACCUAUAACAAAUAACUACUUAUUAUAUCAUUAUUCAAUUUUCAUCUCCAUUUCUGUUCCAAUGUUUAUGACAUUUAAUCACAUUGAACUUGAAUCAUAUUGAUAGUAACAACAGUUUCAAUUGGAUUACUUGAGUUUAUCAUAACUUAAUGUUAUGUAUGUUAAAGCUAAUUACAUUUAAUACUAAAUGAUGCAAUAUUAGCUAUACAAAAUUGUUUUUGAGCAGAUACUAGAAAACAGUAGAAAUAUUAGCCUGUCUGAUGAUUACACUGAUGUAAUAAAAUUGUUUAACUCUAGACACAGGCAAAACAUUGACGUUCAGCCCAUAUACUGGUAGGAAGCGGGGGAGAGAUGAGGCGCUGGCGAGAGGCCUGGUCCCGACGCCGCUCCGAUUGUAGCCAAAUGACAAGCGCGACACAUUAGUUUACCUGAAAUGUUUAUAUGUAUAUUAUAUUUUUUUAUAAUCGUUACAAUGUUUUAAUACAGCAUAUUAUGUAAUCAAA